AACUCAGCCACGAAGUGCCUUACAGGGAGCUUGUAUCAAGUCCUUCAAAGCACUGGGGCAGAUGGAAAAAAUUUCCUGCAGCUCAUUCCGGUCACGAGGGCAAAGGAAAACCCGGUUCCAGCGGUUUCUUCUCCCGUGAUAACGAAUGCGCCGUUGCUGAACGUUCACCAGCCUGUCAGGUUGUCUCUGCCUUCGGCGGUCUCCAAUGUCGCUUUGCCAAUGAACGCACAACUGGUACAGCAACUCGGUUCAGCGAAUUACAUCAUCACAACCCAGAAAAGUCCCGCCGAUGCUUCCAAGACCAUACGUGUCGACAACAAGCUUUCUCCCGUUAUCCUGAAAAGGCCACCGUCGAAUUUGCCAUCAAACCCUCAGAUGGGAACCCCUUCUUUCCUAAUCAUGAACGCUGGCCCUGGAUCGGGUCCUAUGAAAACAAUCCCAAUUUUUCCAACCGGUCAUAGCCUGCAGAUACCUGCUCAUGCAGAAGUGAAAUCUGUUCCUGCUUCUUCCUUGCCUUUCUCUCUUCAGCAAAGGAUGCUACCCCCGAACACAAGUAAUGACGCCACCAAGAUCCCUUCUGUUGUAUAUGUAUCCCCUGUGAAUACUUUGCAGACACCCCCGGCCUCUUAUAAACCCAAAAACUCCGUCACGCAGCCUUCUGCGUUCGCUCCCAUGCUCGUUCCAGCGGUGCAGUCAAGUACGACGGCAACUCCUAAAGGACCAUUGAAGUGGGUGGUGCAGGAAAACACGGAGUCCAAAGCUUGCGUCGUUCCGGUAAAGUCGAAUAGCGAGAUGGCAAAUAAGAUACUCGCUCUGAUGUCGGGAGCAAAGACCGAGGACCUGAAUUCGACUAGUUCCAAUGUAGCGAAGUUCAAAGACAAUACUCUUGUCAUGUGCGAUAAUAAGAUUUACUUUUUGACUAAACAAGGAGCUGAACUUAGAAGCACAAUCCACAUCAAGCAGGAGACUCCCGAUAAAACCGCAUUACAGAUAGAGCAAGGGAAGGAUCUGGCCAACAAAGUGGUUGAGGUCGUUCUGUCGAAAAAUAAUUUGCCGCCUCUAAACUCCAAACCAACAUUGGACUCUGCCAGUUCCCCGCUCGUUCUUCCCGAUGCAGGCGUUCCUGCAAAACCCAAAACUUGCACACGCCCCCAAGUCAGUAAAAAAAUACCUGAAGUGAUUUAUAUUGAUGAUGAAGACGACGAGGAAGACGCCAUCCAGAAACCUAAAGGCGCCUCACACUAUCAACCAACUACAACCAGUUCUGCCAAGGUGUACACCCCUUCCGCAUCACUGGGUUCACCCAACACGGAUAACCAGGCCAAAGGCAAGGAAGCGGAGAUGACUAAGAUCACCAAAUCACCAGCGCCCCGUGUCAUUGACGACCGAACCCUGAGGGCUAGAUUUGGCAUUUUCAGAAGAGAAAAGAUCAUUCUGAACAGGAUUCCGCUACUCUGUCCUGAAGGCAAAUCCGAUUCCAGGGAGGUGGAGAAAGACAUGAUGCUGCUCCUCAGCAGCAUGUGCCGCCAUCUUUGUUUGCUUCAUCACCUGGAGCUGACCGUUUCUUGUACCCGACUCCCUGAUGAAGCAGCACCAGAUUGUGCUCAUAAUUUUACUACAAAUCAGAUACAAAGUGAAGGUCCGGAGAAAAGGAAAUCGGCUUUUUCAGAAACAUCUCACAUCUCAAAGCAGAGAAAAAGUGAAGAAACGGAAGACCCGGCCGGAGGUUACCCCAAGCCCUCAUCUUCAACAACCGUACAUGCCCCUGCUGGGUGGUCAGACACGAGAGACACGACUUCCGGGGGAAGAACAUUCAGUUCCCUUGCUGGGAAAGAGACUGGAACAAAGGCGGCCUGUGGAAAUCCGAGCACUUCACAGUCCGCCCAGAACAGCGGUCCGGAAAUGUAUACCGAUCCCUCAGGCAGCCAUUCCUUCUAUACCAGCCAGGAUAUCUCGGGACAUUUCAGUGAAGCUCCUCUGCCGAGACAAAGGUUUCACAUCGAGUCAUCCGCGUAUCCCGACGAAACUACCAAGGACGAAAAAAUUCAGCGCCUGAAAGAAGUGUUGAAGGAACGGGAGCAAGCUCUGGAGGCUUUAAGACGACAGAAGUGGUCCUAGAAUUCACAUUAAAGGGUGAGGG